UUGCGACCACCCCCUCCCAAUAACAAACCUAAUAAUCGAAACAAUACAAGAAUAACAAAACAACACCAACAAUAACAAAACAAUACCCAUGUUUUUCAUUAUAUUGUGUUAAUAUUUCGAAUUUUGGAAACUAAAAUGGCUGAAAAUGCGCCUGUGAAGGAAGAUAUUGGAGAAUGUUCCACAUCUCUGAAAGUUAAUUUAAGAGAAUCUGAUAAUCCAAAACGCAAGGAAAGUGACUGGAACAAAACAGAUGAAUCUCCGAGUGGAAAAUAUUUAAAAAAGAGUGAGACCGAUACCCCAGGUUCUAAAGUCGAAAAUGCAGUUAAAGAAGAAACCAAAUUGGCUAAAACAAUUACAUCUCCAAAGAGACCUAUCAAGAGAGUAACUCGGCCGUCACAUAGGGUUCCGUGGAAGCAGUUCGCCGUCAUGACCUACAAUAAACCGAUAUUCGAUUUUCUCAAAUCAGCAAAAAGCAGGAAAAAUAAGGAUAAUAAAAGGAAAAAAGAGAACAGAGCCGCAUGUAACAGUGAAUGUGACUGUAAGGAGAAAUUGAAUAAAUUAAAAGAAACCCUGAAUUCAGACGAAUUUGUAAGCAAACUAAGUGAUCUAACACUUGAGCAAAAAACAUACGUUGAUAAGCUUGCUGUAAAUAUGUGUAAAAAUUUACACGAGGAUAAAUUUACCAUGGAAGAUAAAUUGAUGUCCCUCUCGAUCUACAAGAAAUCACUCAGUAUUUAUGAGUAUUUAAGUACUUUCCUAACUCUACCCAAAAUUAAAACUCUGAAGAAAGUAGUGCGAACAGUGCACUUUGAUACAGGAAUUACAACAGCAAUGAUAAACAGAAUGAAGGAAGUAGCAAAGAAAAAGAGUGGCACUGAUAAAGUUGUAGUGCUAAUGUUUGGCGAGAUUAGCUUGGAACCAUUUUUAAACUAUAAUGAACAAUUGGACAAAAUUCUUGGCUUUGAAGAUUGGGGAGGAGACGUUCGAUCCCAAAAAAUUGCUGAUCGAGCUUUGGUUUUCAUAAUUCACGGACUUAAUUCUGAAUGGAUAUUGCCUGUGGCUUAUACUUUUUACGAUCAAAAGCCAAAAGUUUCAAGACUGGUUAAAAUGUAUAAAGAUGUCGUUGCUGCAGUUCAAGAAGCGGGAUUUAAAAUUGUCGCUUCUGUCUGUGAUCAAGGAGAAGUUAACGAGGCAGCUUUGGAGAAACUAAGAACUAAUACUUUAAUAAAGAGAGGAUCUGACACUGAAAAAAAUGGUGGUACUAUUCUUGUUCACGGUGUGGAGAUCGUUCCACUCUUCAAUCUUCCUGAUCUGCUGACAGACUUUCGGAACAUUCUGCUCUCAAAAGAUUUGGAAUUCUGCGUAGACUCGAACGUACGACCCCUGAAGUGGGAUCCCGAAAGAGAACUUCAUAUCAAAAAGAAUAAGCAGAAAUUAAUAGCUUCAUGGUCACACAUUGAACUCGCUUAUCGCAUAGAUUUUGACAACAAUCGUGCCAAUCGUAAAAUGCCAAAACUGACGGAUAAGAAUGUCUAUAAAAAAGAUCUGGAGAAAUCAGAGGUAGAGUGUGUCCUCAAUGUCUUCGAUGGAAAUGUAGUGGAAAAUCUCGAUUUGAUGUCACGUGAUGAAGGUAAAAUAAAAACAUCAGCUGAGGAACUCCAUGUCCCUCCAGAAGGUUACUACACAUCGUACAUAUUGAGCUUUUUAAAAAAGCUAAGUGAUGCUAUGAAUGGAGACAAAAAAGAAGACGAUCCGAAUUAUGAGUUGGCAACUCUUUUUACGCAAGACAGUUUCCAUCAUCAAUUUUUGGAGACUGCGAAGAAAGAACUUCGUCGCAUGCGCUUUAUUGAUAGAGAAACCCAGAUGCCGGUUGAUGAAAGAAUUUCAUGCCUUGAGAAUUUGAUAACAACAGUGAAAGGCUUCCAAACUUUAUGGGAAAAAAUAAACAGACUUGGUUUCGAAUUCAUGAAAACUAGGGAUUUCAAUCUGGAACCUUUGGAUAACUUUUCUAGUAAAAAUUCGGAUCUGACAUGCCAGAAAUUCGCUAGAAACUUUAAAAACUUCUGUUAUCUUGAUAUAAAUGUUUAAAUUAAUGAAAAGAAAAAAUAAGCUGUAAAGUUAUUCUUAACAGUCUCUUUACACUUUAAAUUCUGCAGAAUUUUAUUAAUAUAUCUUGAAGAUUAAAUCUAAUUUAUUUUAGGUUCAUGUUUUAUGAUAAUAAUCAUUAUCAGUGUCUAUUUUACGCAUGUUUUUGUUCAGUGAUUCUGUAACUAUUCAUUUUUUUUCUAAUGGUACUAGGAAUGAAAUUUAUUUCAUAUAAUAUAUAAUACAAUUAGUUAUUUUGUCAUACUUCAGUAUUUCAUGUUGAUAACUUUGUUCUUAAUAAUACCUAUUUUACUUGUUAUUUCCUUCUUAAAAAUAAAACUUAUUUUUUCAAUUU